GAAGUAGAGAGAGAAGAUGAGGCGAUAUAACAGCAUGAGGCCACCAUUAAACGGAAGUUCUGUUUCCGUAGGCAUCAAGAAUAUGGAGGAGCAGAAGAAGACAAUCGGUGUCCGAGGUCUGCUGGCAGCGGCGGUCGUCCUUUGUCUGUGCUCUGUCGCCAUUUCGACGGAAGAAACGAAGCAGAAGCAGUUGCGGUUCAAGGAAAACGGGGAAUUCAAGAUAUUGCAGGUGGCGGACAUGCACUACGCCGAUGGCAAGACCACACCCUGCAGGGAUGUUCUUCCUUCUGAGAACGUAAGUUGCUCCGACCUCAACACCACCGCCUUCCUCCAUCGGAUGAUCCUGGCUGAGAAGCCCGACCUCAUUGUUUUCACGGGGGAUAAUAUCUAUGCCUCUGAUGCGACUGAUGCUGCAAGAUCUUUAGAUGCUGCAUUCUCCCCUGCCAUUUCCGCAAGCAUACCAUGGGCCGCCGUAUUGGGAAACCACGAUCAAGAGUCUGCCUUGUCAAGAGAAGGGGUAAUGAAGCAUAUAGUUACCCUCAAGCACACUUUGUCUCAGCUCAAUCCUGCCGGGAUUGAUCUCAUUGAUGGUUAUGGGAAUUACAACUUGGAGGUCCAUGGGGUUGAAGGCUCUGGUUUUGAAAACAACUCAGUAAUCAAUCUUUACUUCCUCGAUAGCGGAGAUUAUUCGAAAGUUCCCUCGAUUUCUGGUUAUGAUUGGAUCAAACCCUCUCAGCAACUUUGGUUUCAACGCACGUCUUUGGAGCUUCAGAGAGCAUAUAUGAGUAAGCCAGAGGCUCAGAAAGCACCGGCACCAGGGCUCGUUUACUUCCAUAUCCCUCUGCCCGAAUUUACAAGUGUGGUGGAUUCAUCCAAUUAUACUGGUGUAAAACAAGAUCCCAUUAGCUCUGCUUCUGUAAACUCGGGCUUCUUUACAACUUUGGUAGAAGCAGGUGAUGUUAAAGCUGUUUUCAACGGCCACGAUCACCUUAAUGACUUCUGUGGUGAAUAUACCGGUAUACAGCUUUGUUAUGCUGGGGGUUUUGGAUACCAUGCCUAUGGGAAGGCUGGAUGGGCAAGGAGGGCAAGGGUGGUCGUAGCAACAUUAGAGAAAACAGAGGAGGCGAGUUGGGGUCCUUUGAAGUCAAUUAAAACAUGGAAGCGCCUUGAUGAUCAAAGCCUGUCUACCAUUGAUGUUCAAGUACUUUGGAGCAACAACACUCCAGGAGCAGGUGGUACUUGAAGAGAACCGCGGAAGGAGGAGAUCUACUUAUGUACUGGAAUAAGACACUCUCUGUCACGCAUCAACUCUGCUAGGCUUUUGUUGGCAAGUCCCAUAGUUGUAUUGCAUAUUUGUAUGAAUGUUGGAAUUAUGAUCGAUAUCCUCGAUGGGUGAAAUCGGCAUGUUCCGUGGAGAACUCUAGUGUCUUAUUGAAGCUAUUUAAUUAAUAUCAUAUUACCGACUUUAAGAA